GAACAACAUGCGGAGUCCCCGCCUCCCGGGAGGAAGAGAAAAACCCACAGCUCUGCUUUUACGUGCUUUUUCCGGUCUCGCGAAGUCUCGGGUUUUAUCGCGGUGAUUGUUGGUAGCAGCGGAGCUAGCAGAGCGCUAACAGAGAGCUAACGGUCAGAGCGGAGAGAACCUCCGCGAAGCUGCUUCAGAGCCGCGGAAUGAGCUCCUGGUCCCGCCGCUGAGUUCGGCCCCAGCAGGGAGCUGCAGACGGUCACCCCAACAUGGACGUAGACGUUCCGAACCGAUCCCCCGCGGAGGACGGGGAGCUAGAAGACGGAGAGAUCUGCGAUGAUGACACCGAGGAGAGAGCGCCUCCACGGCGGGGGGAUGGGAGCAGGCCCCGUGGCGGUGCUCCUCCUCGGCCGCGAAAGCCGCACAAGCACCCGCACGGCGCGCCGCCGCACUUGGGCCACCCGCCGCCGGACUUCCGCCACCUCAUGCCCUACAGCCUCGGCCCUCACGGCCCAUUCCCGCCCGGCCACCGGCAGCAGUGCGGGCCGAGCGGGCCCGACCGGCCUCCCUCUCCGCCACCGCAGCAGCAGCCUCCCGGGCUCGGCUCUCACGGGGAGCCCGGGCCGCGGUCCAGCUUCUGGGAGCGGAGCCACGGCGCACUGGGACGCUUCCGGCACCGCGGCAUGCCGAACGGAGGCCCCGGGGGCUGGAGCCGGGGCGGCCGGGGAGGCAACAGCAGGCCGCCUCCCGGACGGUACCUGCCCGGAGAGAGCCACAGCUCCCCCGCGAGGAAGCAGAAACCUCUCGGGAGGAACCGGCUCAGGAAGGUGGCUCACGGCGCUCCCAGGCCGGAGAGCAGUGGUGACGAGUCCUUCGAGGAUCUGCUGUCCAAAUACAAACAGAUCCAGAUCGAACUCGAGUGCAUCCGCAAAGAGGAGACGAUGGCCCUGGAGCCACGGACGUCACCAGUCAGGGACGACGUGGUGGAGUGCGUAGCCGCCGCUCUAACGGACACCAAAGCUGAACCGGGCCUGGCUCUGAGUCCGGCAGCAGCCGCGGACGAGGUGUCGGAGCUGGAGAGGAAGAAAGUGUUCCAGGCCUUCAACAUCAAACCGCUUCGUCAGAAACUCCCCACGCCGGCCGACCUGGACGAGCUGCAGAAGAAGUGGGCGAAGCCUGAUGGUGAAGGGGAUCAGCCAAUCACAGAUAACGGAGCAGAAUUGGAAGGAAAAGGUGCCAAAGAAGCAGAAGAGGGGACGCGCGAGAGCGGCGGUGAGGGAGAACAGCGAGCAGAAGGAGGAGAGCCCGCAGACGAGAGGCCGUGUGACCCGUGCAUCAUGGAGGAGCAGGAGAAACCGCCGCCGCUGUGUCCCAGCGAGUCGUCGGCGUCCAGCGAGGACUCUCCAGACAAGGCCACGGAGAAGGUGGUGAUGGUGGUGGAGGAGGAGGAGCUGUCAGAGCUGCAGCUGCGUCUCCUCGCUCUGCAGUCGGCCAGUAAGAAGUGGCAGCAGAAGGAGCAGCAGGUGAUGAGGCGGAGCAAAGAACGCAUCACUAAAGCCACCCAGGAGAAGAGCUCGGGCCCCGGGGCCGCCCCACCCGCCAGGCAGAGGGUCACCACCAGGUCUGCUUCCACUGCCGCAGCCGCCACAGAGAGGAGCAGGACCAGGUCCAAACCUCAGGACAGGGACCGCGAGCGAAACAAGACCGGGCCCAGACCUCAGGACAGGGACAGACUCAAGCCGUGUCCUAAAGCCGGACCUAAAGGCCCGCUGGAGAGGGCCCGCCCCCCGGGGAAGGCUCACAUCACCAAGAAGAUCAGCCCAGUUUCGGUGGCAAAGCAGGCGUUCAGGAAGCAGCAGGUGAGGACGUGGAAGCUGCAGCAGCAGAGGGAGCAGGAGGAGAAGCGACGGCAGGAGGAGGAGGAGCGCCGCAAGCGGGAGGACGAGAUCCGGCGAAUCCGCGACCUGUCCAACCAGGACGAACAAUAUAACCGCUUCAUGAAACUGGUGGGUGGGAGGAAGAGGACACGCAGCAAGUCCAGGGACCGGGACCACCGCAAGUCUGCAGGCAAGCCGGGCCUGGACACCUCUGGGAACCUCUACCAGUACGACAACUACGACGAGGUGGCAAUGGACACGGACAGUGAGACGGGCUCGCCAGCCCCGUCGCCAACGCACAGCAACCUGCUGUCUGUGGAGGAGGCGGCGUGCAUCCCUCACCUGUACGGCGCCGACCCCGUUCCUUUCGGAAUGGAAUUCUCGCAGCCCUUCCUCCCCCCACUGCUCUCCGCCAUUCCUCCCCCACCUCCUCCCCUCCCCCCUCCCCCAGAUGAGCUGGAGCCCCCCCCAAAACCUCCAUUUGCUGAUGAAGAGGAGGAGGAGGAGAUGCUCCUCAGGGAGACCUGCCUGAUGUCUAUGGCCAACAAGAGGGUGGUGGUCUCGGAGAAGAGCUCCAGCGCUCCUCCUUCUCCAGGUGGGCCUCCCCCCGCAGACCUUCAGCCUCCACCCAGAGGAAACCUGAGCACGGUCAGUCUGAACACAGUGCCUCAGCCCCGCCCAAACAAGGCCGCCAGAGCGCACCUCGCCGCCAGAGCACCGCUUGUGCUGCCCAGACAUAAGACGGUGGUGGUUUCUCUCAACGACUCUGACGACAGCGACUCGGACAUGGACGCCUGCAGCUCAUCGCAGGCGGUGUUUGGCGGCCUGGAGUUCAUGAUCAAAGAGGCCCGAAGGACGGUGGAGGCGGCGAAGCCAAAAGGAGCGUCGGCCUCUGAGAAGGAGAACAACCCAGUCCGAACGCCAGAGGCUCUGCCUGACGCCAAGAAGGCCGAGUACCGCCUACUCAAAGAGGAGAUCGCCAGCAGGGAGAGGCAGAGGAUGAUGAAGGAACAGAGCCCUCGUGGCUCCGCCUCGCCCGCCACUGCAGACUCCAUCGACUCCUCCCUGAAGCUGAGCGAGGCCGAGCUGAAGCUCAGCAAACACAGGGAGCUGCUGCAGAGAGACGAGGCCGUGCUGCGACACCUGCUGCAGCAGGAGCUGAAGAAGAACGAGUCGCUGAAGGCCGCCGAGGCCAAAGUGGCCAAACUGAGAGAGCAGCUGCAGGCGUCGGAAAGGAUCGUCGGCGCCAACAAGACGCUCCUCAGGAAGCUGCGCGAGCAGGUCCACCGGGUGGAGCAGCGGGUCUCCGUGAAGAAGACUGUGGCGGUGCGGUUGGAGCAGGAGCUGGUGCAGGCUCACCUGGCCGCCGGCAGGGCGCCCAAACGGCAAGCGGACUCCAGCCGGCCCGCGCUCAGCAAGUUGCCGCGGCGUGACGCAGCGCCCCGCGGUUCUGAGCGCCACUUUGCCGAGCUCAUCGCUCAGAAGCAACGACUGCAGCAGCUCGAGUCCGAGUACGCGCUGAAGAUCCAGAAGCUGAAGGAGGCGCAGGUGCUGCGAAACAAAGGCGUCCUGCCAGAGCUCCCCGUAGAGCCGCCGUUGCGAUCCGCCACGCCCCCGGACCCUCAGGUCCAGACGCCGCCGCAGCCCUCGCUGCACGACCUCUCCCAGGACAAGCUGACGCUGGACAGCGAGGACCCCGCGGAGGCCGAGGAUCACGAACCAGAACCUGCGCCCGCUGCUGCGGCCAGAGGUGGCCGUCGCUCCUCCUUCCGUCAGUCCAGCUGCUCCUUCACCAAACCCCACCUGGACGCCACGAGCUCGGCUCCGCCCAAAGACGUCGGCACUGCCGCCAAGCCCGUGAAGGCGCUGCCCAGUGGCUCGGCAGGCGUGGAGCUUCCUGCCGAGAUGUUCGCGGGGCUGGACGUGGACGCCCUGCAGCGGCUGUACAAACAGAAGACACCUCUGGGAGAUCUGCUGCUGAUGGAGCUGCAGGUGCUGGGGGAGGACGUGGACCCCGCCCUCGCCGCACAGGUGUUUCCGGCUGAGGUGGAGACAGCGGUGAGUUCGUCGGGCAGCUUGGAGCUGAGGCCGCUUCCCUUCGGACCGUACCACAGCCCUCUGCUGGCCUUCAGGUCCUACAGGUUCAGCCCGUACUACAGGACCAAGGAGAAGCUGUCUCUGAGCUCGGUGACGUACAGCAACGCCAUCGAAGCAAAGAAGUGCUUCUGCCGCUUCGACCUCACGGGAACGUGCAACGACGACGGCUGCAGAUG